ACGAGCGCCCGUCCUCCCCUCACUAAGCCUUGCGAUCAUUUCGUCCUGAGCCCCUUCUAUUUCAAUCUCGUAUCAAACCACCCUCGAUACAAAGAACCGGGAAACCCUACGAGAAGCUCGAUCGGAGGCCCCCCCUCUCUGCAGCGUGAUCUCUUGCUUCGUCGCGGAGCAGUUUUGGAAACGACAGGUUGGGAGUAGGUUAUCCUCUGCGAUGGGUUUUCUUAGAUCAGCUCCUCCCCCUGUUUGUUUGUCAAGCCAACAUUGCUCGCACUGGGCUCGUAUCUACUUGAAGUACUGCCUUUGUAGUGUAAAGGAUGGAAUGGCUUUAUUUCUUGGAACUAUCAGUAUCAUCAGCUGGGGAAUUGCAGAGGUUCCUCAAAUCAUCACAAAUUACCGGCAGAAAUCUACUGAAGGCCUCUCGAUUGCUUUUCUAUUGACAUGGGUUGUGGGAGACUUAUUUAACCUCAUUGGCUGUCUACUGGAGCCUGCUACUUUGCCAACGCAGUAUUAUGUGGCACUGUUAUACACAGCAACAACAUUGAUUCUGACAGGACAAACUAUAUAUUAUGGUCACAUUUAUCACAGAUUUAAAGCAAACUGUGGAGUGCCUGGCAGGAGACAAAAAUAUUAUCAGGAAGAUGCAUCAGAAAGAGAAAGCCUGUUAGGAGAUGCAAAGAAAACUAGAGUUGUUGGUGACCGAGGACAUGAUGCAAAGGAAGGCAAUAUACCAAGCUCACCAAUUCCUGUUGCUGGACAAGUGUUCCAUGAUUCCUGUGGGAAAGACUUUUAUUACAUGUCAGCACGAUCUUUAAAAAAGAGCCCAGUGCCUACUUUUGGUUUUUGGUCGGUACAUUCACAUGAUGAUGGAAGGGUACCUCCCAUCGAUGGAAAUCAGCAAUCUGCACAGUCUGCACCAUCUAAUUUGGAUACUAAAAAUAUGUUUUCAAUUGUACCAUCAGUUGCAUUUUUCUUUGGUAUAUGUGUUAUUCGCUCUUGCAUCAGUAAUAUGCACACUGCAUCAUCACCUGGUGGAAUGGUUAUACUAGUUGGCCGAAAGUUGUUGCAGGACAAGGUUCAGGAUGAUGGAAGUAGUGGUGUUGGAACAUUACUUGGCUGGGCAAUGGCAGCAAUCUAUAUGGGGGGAAGGCUUCCUCAGAUAUGUUUAAAUAUUAGAAGGGGGAACGUGAAGGCAGGGCUUUAUUUUUAUGAUGCUUUGAGUAGCUUACACUAACACUAGCAACCUAAAAAAAUGAUAUUUCAUAAAUGAUGGUCAAUUGUGAAAUUUACUUUAAAUGCUUGGAGUAAUUUCUUGAGCAUUUGGUGUGUAAACUUUGGUUACUUUUACAGGGCCUUAACCCACUGAUGUUUAUAUUUGCACUGACUGGAAAUGCAACCUACGUGGGAAGUAUCCUUGUAAAUAGCUUGGAAUGGUCUAAAAUCAAGCCCAAUCUCCCAUGGCUAGUUGAUGCUGGUGGAUGUGUCAUACUGGAUGCUUUUAUUCUCAUCCAGUUUGCCUAUUUUCAUAUUCAAGAAAGCAACAAGUGUGAAUCUGAAGAUAAUCCAGUUUAGUGGAGAUGAAUAGUAGUUUCAGAGAUUCCAGAGAUGAAACUUUCUCAGGAACUAGAGCUGGCAAGGUGAAUACGCAGGGGUGGACUGUGGUCACUUUUCUGCGCCAUGUAAUUUGGAAGUCGAUAAUCACAUCAGAUUAAUACGAUUCCAGGUGUAUGCGGAGCUGGUAAUCGAACUGUUAGCCCUGACGUCUGAGGUCAUUUGUCCAUUUAUGCUAACUGCUCUACUCUUGUUAUCGUCACUCUUUGGCUGAGGCUUGAAUUUUAAGCUGCUUUUUUUUUGUGACUCAAAAAUAUUUGGAUUCUUGACAUGGUGACAGUAUUCUGAUCUUGGUUGGUUGCAGUAAGGAGUGGCUAAUGUACGUUCUUUAUGCAGUAUUAGAGGAAU